AUGACGAGCUCCACCUUCACCGUAUCCAACUACUGCUCCCAGCCCAUAUGGCCGGGGACGCUCGCCGGCGCGGGCACGCCGCAGCUGCCGACGACGGGGUUCAGGCUCGACCCGGGGCAGAGCGUGCAGGUCCCGGCACCGACGGGGUGGUCCGGCCGGCUAUGGGCGCGCACGGGCUGCGUGUUCGACGCGGACGGCAGGGGCGCGUGCCAGACGGGCGACUGCAGCGGGCGCCUAGAGUGUGCCGGCACCGGCGCGACACCGCCCGCGACGCUGUUCGAGGUCACGCUGGGGAAGGGGACCGCGGGCGCCGCCGACCUGGACUACUACGACGUCAGCCUCGUUGACGGGUACAACCUGCCCGUCGUCGCCGUCCCGCGGGCUCGGCCGGGCGCCGGCGGCGGGUGCAACGCCACCGGCUGCAUGGCCGACCUCAACCGCUCGUGCCCCAGGGAGCUGCAGGUGGACUGCGGCGGCGGCACGGUGGCGUGCCGGAGCGCGUGCGAGGCGUUCGGGCAGGACUAUUAG